AUGGCAAAUGUGGAUGUUCUAAUCGUCGGCGGAGGGCCGACUGGCAUGGCUCUAGCCCUCGAGCUCUCCAUGCAAGAUGUGUCCUACCGAAUCAUAGACAAAGCACCCGUUCGGUCUGACAAGAGUCGGGCCCUUGUCGUCCAAGCUCGUACUCUCGAGUUGUUGAACCGGCACGGCACGGCGAAGAAGCUCCUAUCUCGUGGAUUCGAGCUGCACGGCGCCAACUUAUACACUAAUAAGCGGGAGGCAGGGACUGUGUCACUUGACGGUCUCGACAUGGCAGACACCGAGUUCCCAUUCCCUCUCUGUGUGCCACAACAGGAGACGGAGCACUUCCUCGACGAAUGUCUUGCCAAGUACGACAAGUCGAUUGAGCGGCCGGUCAUCGCCAAAGCUAUCACCCAAGACGGGGCUGGCGUCACGGUCAAACUCGAGAACGAGCGCACCGGGCUCAGCGAGACUCUCCGCGUCAGGUACGUCGUGGGAUGCGACGGAGCACACAGUAGCGUGCGCCAUGCUGGCCGGUUUCGGUUCGAAGGCGCACCAUACCCCCAGACGUUCAUCCUCGGCGACUUCCACGUCUCUGAUAGCAGUCUGCCGCGGGAUAGGCUGCUCCUCUGCUUCGGGUCGGCCACCCUGGCCAUGUUCCCGCUCAAGGAGGGCAAAUGGCGUCUCGUUACCAUCCACGACGGGUCGAAAGAGCUCCAGGCGCACGGGACGGUGCUCAUGGACGAGCAGCCGACAGUGGACGAGUUCAGGGCACUAUUCGCCGAGAUGGCGCCUCCGGGCGCAGGGACGCUUCACGACCCGACCUGGCUUGCCAAGUACCACCUGCACCACCGCGUGGCAGACCAGUACCGCGACGGGCGGCUCUUCGUUGCCGGGGAUGCGUCCAACAUCCACAGCCCGGCCGGUGGCCAGGGGAUGAACACCGGGAUGCAAGACGCCUUCAACCUGGGGUGGAAGCUCGGGCGCGUCCUGCGAGGCGAAGCCCGGGAUGCUUUGCUCGACACAUACGACGCCGAGAGGCGCCCCGUCGGCCAGAACGUCGUCGACACGACAGACCGCAUGUUCUCGUACGCCACGUGGCAGAACCCCGUCUGGAGGAUGUGCAGAAACCUCCUCCUGCCCUGGGUCCUGCCGUGGCUCACGAACAGUGCAAAGCGCCGUGCCGCGGGCCUGCGAUACAUAUCCGAACUUACGAUCAACUACCGGGGCAGCUCUGUUGUGUACACGGCCGGCGGGUUCUCGGGUCCCGUCGAGGGUGGCGAUCGUCUCCGGGAUGGGAAGCUGAGAUCCGCAAGCGGGGAUGUCGUGAUGCUGCAGAGCCUGUGUGAUGGGCCCUCCUCUCACCUGCUUCUCUUCGCGGGAGUCGGCCAAGGUCCCCUCAGGAGCGAAGAAUUUGCCGGAUUCGAAGCGAAGUUAUCUAAAACCGACAACCACGUCAAGGUGAUCCGAAUCUUCAAUGCGGCGACGGACGGAGAAGGGGCCUACUCAGACCUCGAUGGGCAGCUACACGCUCGGUAUGGUAUGGCCAGCCCAGGGUAUGUCUUAGUCCGACCGGACGCUUAUGUUGGGUGCAUUGGCAACAUGGACGCUUUUGACGAGUUGCUAUCGUUCAUGGGCAGUGGGAAGUUCUAG